AUGAGAUCCGCCAAAAGGCUGAGCGUAACUGCCGGAAACUGUCGAUGGGUUCGGACUAGUUCACGGAAGGUACGGCGUUUGUUGAAGAAGACCGGUCUGACCGAUGCAUGGAAAUUGUCAGAAGCUGACCUCCAGGCAAAGUGGUACCUUGAACAUCACGACUACAAAGAGGCCAAGCGGAAGCGUGCCCAUCAGUGGCGCCUGGAAUAUCUGGAGACCCGAUUGGCAGCGGUCCAGAGCGCAAAGAAGGGCAACAUCAAAGCUUGUACCAGACGGGCUCAAGUCCAGCGGAUGGCACAAAAAGAAGAGACCCAACGGCGACGGAAAGCUCAAGGCAAAGGCUUCUCUGGCGGCCUCCAGCAGAUCAAAGUGGCCCAGGCGGCACAGGAUGGUACCCCCCAUUGGGUAACAUGCCAGUCUAAACGUCUUGUUGAAUAA